AUGUGUUCGUUGCGCAUUCUAUACAGAUUGGGUUUAAGAGCGAGUAGAAAUCAGGUCAGGAAAUCGAGGAGACCAAUAAGGGAGAUUUUGCAGAAUAUGCUAAAGUGUGCCACACGAGUCGCGGCAAAGUGUGCGAGUGAACCUCUUCGGGCUACUGCAAUAAUAUUUAGAAAUAAAGCCAGAGAAGUUACGGGUCUAAUAGAUUCGUGGCAGGGUCAUCAGACAGCCGCUCGUCUCAGUGACCUGGUCAGGGGAAUAAACCGGUUACACCAAUUGAACCAGCUCAGUGACAUGCUUGACGAGAUACCGGCACCUGAGCUGCAGAAAGAGGCGAAAAAAAGCUUCCUGAACGCUAUCGGAAAAAUCUCCCGGUACGCCGAGGCUCCUAGGAUACUUCGACGGAUAGCAAAAAAGUUCCGCGUAGCUCGAAAUAUGACAGCAAUCCCCGUCAAGCUUCCUAGGGACGCGUUUGAUAUCCCAUCGAUCGGCACAUACGCUCCUGACAUAGAAUCUUCCGUUGCUCGAAUCGAUCAUCAAUACUCUGACCAGAAGAAGUUGAACCGGGUAUAUCAUCUUCUGGGCUACACCGAGGUGCAAUCUGCAUCCCUGUUCUCAAAACAGGUACACAGGACAUUACGAGAAGCUAAGAUUCAUGCGGAGGUCCAGCUAGUAAUUUACUGCGAACUGCAAAGGCCGACAUUGUUUCCCCGUGUCGUCUGCUCAAGCAAAGACGCCUGCUUUUUAUGCAGCGCUUUGAUUUGCCUGCACAAGCAAAUACAUACGCCGAGAUGUCAUGGGAGAUUGUACCCUGGUUGGCGACUGCCGUCCUUACCUCAGACGAAAGAAUUAGAGGAACGCUUCAACAAAACACUCGAGAAUUCUAUUAAGGAAAGCCUAUCUAUGCUCUUCACCAGACAACGAAAAACGACAUACCCGCCCCCCAACGAAAGCACCCUCCUCACUAUUCCCGUCUCAGAGACAACGAAAUCUGGCCUAACGCAACUUGAUCUAGAGCAGCUGUCGUGCGAAAAGAGCGUUCAACUACACUCCCAGACGGCUGAUAAGCCAUACAAAGAGCUAGAAUCUGGGAACUCAAGCUGUACAAGCAUUCCUUGUGGCGCAGCAUGCGAAGGCAGCCUAACAGAUCUAGGGUCCCCGUUUAUGGCCAAAGACCAGGAUUCAGACAGCAAGGUGAUUAGCGAACAAGUGCUGUCGCAGGGCAUAGUGGUGCAUGAUUGUAUCGAUCCCGGCGGAAUAUCUGCAUGUUAUAUCGCUGGCACGAUAAAACUUGGGAUAGAAUACGUGACAGGGUUAGAAGGUAUCAAAUACAGUGUUGAAUGGCUCACUGCGGAAGAGAUGAAGGCUUUACAAAGUAGAGCUUAUCCGCCUUUAUUUGUGGAUGUGGAAUCUCUAGCAAGUGAAAUGUCGAUACGGAACCACAACAGUGUCUGCAUAUUGGUAAAGAGCAACACGUUAAGACUUAGUUGGGAGUCAAAAAGUACAUGA